AUGUCAGAAGACAUCGCCGGCAUACCAAGCUUCGAUGAAAUAUUUCAACAAAUCAAAAUCAACUUUACCAUCAUAGGUAUUCCUUUCGAUGGAAAAGUUAAAAUACGGUUUUACUUGUUAAUAUUGUGGCUCUCAAUUGUAAUAUCUCAAGAACUCCUUUUCUUUGUAUCAAAAUUUUCAGCAGAGAACUUUCUAGAACUUACAAAUCUUGCACCGUGUACUUGCAUUGGAUUAUUGUCUAUAUUAAAAAUUAUAUUUAUUGGUAUUAAGAGGAAGAAUAUCUUCGAGUUAACUAAAAGCCUUCAAGUUCUAUACGAACAUAUUAUUAACGGAGAUAGUAACACGAUACGCGUUAAAUCCCAGUUUGUAUUUCUUAAAUACUUAAUAAAGUAUUUCUUUAUUUUGAACGCUUUACUUAUUACUGUUUAUAAUUUUUCAUCGCCUAUUAUAAUGCUCAUUCAUUACAUGACGAAAAAUAGAGUGCAUUAUUUAUUUCCUUAUGCGAUAGUGGUGCCGUUUACAAUUGACUCAUGGUACAAGUGGUUGCUGAUGUACUUACACUCCAUAAUUUGUGGAUUUAUUUGUGCUUUAUAUUUUACCACUAUUGACGCUUUGUAUUUCAUUCUAACAACACAUGUAUGUUGUCAAUUUAUAAUUUUGUGUGAGGAAAUUAGGACCUUAACACCAGAAACAACGAAUUCAUUGCAAGAAAUUAUCAAAAAACACCAAUUUAUAUUGAAACUCUCGCAAGACUUGAAUGAAAUCUUCACAGCUCCCAAUUUGUUUAAUGUUUUAGUUGGAUCGGUGGAAAUAUGUGCUCUAGGCUUCAUAUUAACGAUUGGAAGUUGGACACAAAUACCCGGAGCAUUAUUGUUUCUGUCAUCAGUUUUACUGCAAAUCUUAAUGAUAAGUAUUUUUGGGGAGAACUUAAUACAAGAGAGCAGAAAUAUUGGCAGUUUAGCGUUCUCAUGCAAAUGGUACGAUAUGGAUCAGAAAUCGAAGAAGACCAUAUUGCUAUUAAUGCUAAGGGCGAAUAAGGCACAGACGCUGACCGCAUAUAAGUUUUCGAUAAUUUCAUACGAAAGUUUUACAAAGAUUAUAAGUACAUCGUGGUCGUAUUUCACAAUAUUGAGAACUAUUUACAAGUCAUCGGACGCUGAACCAAAUUGA